AGUAAGUCUCUGUCGUGUUCCUUUCGUCCUGAUCUCCCAAUCUUCCGCGUCUCCUGUCUCUUUGUCGCCCGCCAUGGCCCGCCCGUCAGAGGUGUUUUCACCAGAUGAAGCAAUCAUCAAGUCCACGUGGCAGAUGUUCGAGGAUGGAGCGCAAAAGAAACUGGAUGCGCCAGUCCUAACCGCCUGCCACCAAGCCGCGGAUCAUUGCGCAAACCUACUGUCCACAACCAGUUUGCAUCGACCACCCGUCGACUGUCUACAAUGGACAUUUGGGGAACUUCGUCAUGCCUCGCUGGUCGUUGCCAAAGCGAUGCAAGAUGCAGGCGUCCAGCGAGGAAUGACAGUCGCAGCGCUCAUACCGAACGGCAUCGAAACGCACAUCGUGCGCGUGGUUUCAUUCAUUCUGCAGUUGACUCUCGUCGCGCUUGACCGGGACCUAGUCAAGCAUGGCCGGCGAGAUGAGUUUAUCUACUACAUUCGCACCACAACUCCGGAUAUGGUCCUCGUCGCCGACUCUGCAGCUGCAGAAUCUGUGGAUGAGGCUACAGGCUCCAUCGGGUUCUCUUUGGCUCACCGAUUCAUCACCGAGGAUCCCCGAACUCCUGGUUGGACGUCAUGGGCCAAAACAGAGCAGCCCAGCGCCGAAUCGCUCGAGGUCCUUGCAGGGCAGGAGGAAGAAGAGCUCGACCAAGGCGGUGAUCGCGUGGCAUUGGUCCUCUUCACCAGCGGCACGUCUAGUGGCCGUCCAAAGGGUUGUCCACAGACAGUCCGCAACAUUACCGCCGCAGCAUACAAUCAAAUGUGGAUUGCGGAUAUCGGUAGCUCCUACGCUGUGCAGAGCCCAUCUAGCAGGGCUGUGUACAAUUGUAUGGGCGCGAUGGCUAUUGUGUAUGGUCAUCAUGUCGUCCUCUCACAUAGCCAUUUCACACUGGAAGCGUUGCAUGCAGCGGUCGGGGCACAUUCCGUGGAAAUGCUCUUGCUUGUGCCGGCGCAAGUCAGACUACUGGCCGCUCAGCACCACUUGGACUUCUCGAGUCUCACCAGUGUCAAAAGAGUGGUUCUGGGGGGCGAUAUCAUCACCAUCGAUCUGAUUGAAAAGGCAGAAGAGCUGUUUCCGCACGCUUCAGUAUCGACGGUGAGCGGCAUGAGCGAGGGAACCGGAUUUUCUGGAAUGAAAGGGGAAGACAAAAACAAAUGGAAAAAGACUAUUCAUUCAAUUGUGAGCGUGGGCAAAGUCGCAAGAGGAGCCCGGCUCCGCAUAUGUGACUCCGACGGUAAGGUCCUCCCUCGGGGCGAAGAGGGUGAGCUGCUGGUCGCGGGACCUAUGAUGAUUGACCGUUACCUCAAUGACGACCUGCCGGAACAGUUCGUCCGAGACGAAUGGGGUACCUGGAUCAAGACAGGCGAUACAGCAACGAUGGACGAGGACGAUCACAUCUUCAUCGUUUCCAGAACAAAAGAUGUGGUGAAACAGAGUGGUAUCAACAUCUCACCUGCCGUGGUGGAGGCUACCCUUAGCAGGCAAAGCGACAUCUCGGCCGCCGUGUUGGGGGUACCAGAUGCUGUCAAAGGGGAGGUGCCUGUCGCUAUCGUCACAGGUGGCCAAGCUGAGGACGUCAAAGAAAUCGUGCAGGAGAAUCUCGGAGAUGAUUAUGCGCUAAAGGCGGUCUACGAUUUGCAUGAUGACUUGGGGUUUGAGGAGCUCCCGUUGAGUGCGCAAGGCAAGGUUCAAAAACACCUGUUGAAGGAGGCAGUGCUCAAUCUCGAGCGGAAGAAGCUGAUCGGGGCCGGAUUGUUUCGGCCGUGGUUCCUGUAGAGCUUAUCAUUCGACUGUUGUGAGGGAAUUUCGAGGGACCUUCCCGCUGAAGGUGCUCGGUUUGUUAAUAUACUGUAAGAAGUCAGGCUUGUGGACCGGUACAGCUUUAUUUUAUGGAUAUUGUCAAGGCUGAGAAUAACAUGGCCUUGCUGGUG